AUGGGGAGCCCGCACAUGCUAUAUGUCAUCGCCAAAAUCAACGGGCUCUACCGCCCGCUUGCCGUGCUCUGGCGCUCCCACGACAACAAGGGCGUCUGGGCGGUCGAGACGUGUCGCAGGCUCAUCAACAUCUUCCAGGAACCCCUGAACCGGGCCCUCCUGCUCCAUGAGCUCCAGCUCGCCGGCGGGCUUCCCUCGGACAAGUGGGAGGAGCCCUGUCGAGAGUAUCCCAACGAGAGGCCCGCCUUCCCCUUUAUUGCGACUUGUCUCCUCCUGGGCGCCUCAGUCACGCCCGAGACGGGUGGAGGGUACAAUGCCAUCCACGAACCAUUCAAUAUUCCACUCGCCGCCGUCUCCGAGGGCUGUACCAUCCUGGACAUCACGAAUCCUGCUGAGGUCAGGUACGCCUUUGCUUUUGUCCCGCGCCCGAGAUGUCGGUCCGAGGUAGCCGUCAAGGUUGCCUUGGGCAACACGCCCCUGACUGCCUGGGAGUAUGCCUCAUUCUAUGACGAUCUUAGUGAUCAUGAGGACUGCGCAAGCGUGGAUGAUGAUGAGGUGGUCAGUAGUACUCGUGCUCGUUUCAUAGACACUCUCAGGGGACAGGUGGCCACCGAUGCAACUAGGAUCACUUCGCCCCUAAUCGACGAGGAGGCUCUUGAGAGUGCGUGGCCACAGCCAGCAGACGGGCAGUCGUGGAAGCGACGAACUGACUUGGGUCUCGCGGAAUUUAUGAUCCCGCCGCCUUCGAAAAGCGAGCCUGCUACAUCAUCACAUCGCCAGCCCUCGGCGCACCACGUCGAGGCCUUGCACGAGGUUUUUGAACAGUCUUAUACACUGUUCCAGCCGGGAUACAACGAGGGCAAUGACGGAGAAGUUUCUGAGCCCGUACCACUCGUCAGGCAAGUUGCCAAUAUUCUCCACCUCGGGUCACUGGAUGACUCUUCCUGGCAACAAAGGGUCGCCGAUUACGAGCCCAAAGGCAGAGGGUCGUUUCGGGAAAACGCAGUCCAGUAUUUCACUUUCCAGUUGGAUGACUGCCCCGUCACCAGUGGGCAGACACUCGACGUCAUCUUCAGCUGGAUGGUGGCAGCUACCGCCCAGGAGGACCUAGGAGGCGAGUUGCAAUAUGAGCAUUAUUAUAACUGCACCAAACCACAGAGCGAUCAGACUUUGGUCAAGUACUUCAGCCUCGCCGGCCCGAACCACUGGGUUGUCAAGCCUCUGCCCGGGCGAGCAUUCUACUACGCAAAAAAGUCAUACCACAGCAGUCGCGACUGGACCACGGCUGGCCUCGAGGGAAUCAGAGAGGGCGAGUGGACAGCGCUCCUCAUCCAGCAGUGGCGUGGGGUGCGACGACACAAAGGCGGGAUGGGGAUUCUUUCCCUCGUCACGACGGAUAUGGACCCCUUCGAAUUCAAGUGCGCCUUUGUCACCCGCGGCAAAGACGGUGAGAUCACGGCCGCCGGUGCAGAAACUUUCCGCUCUGCGAACGUUCCCAACCCAGCGCAUGAAGCCCUCGCCAAGCUUGACCCCGGCGAGGAGACAUAUGGGCGGCAGCUGACUGAUAUACUCGCACGGGGCGACGCUAACAUUAACGGCGUCCCUGUGUCUCUCAUGGGGAGGCCCGAGGUUCUGGAGCUGCUGAGUGCAAUGGAGGUCGUCAAGGCCCGCGAGGACAAGCUACUAGCGAGUUCCUGGAGCAAGGUCCACCGGGGGAUCAUGCAGAGAAAGGCUAGGGAGAGCGACAGUGUGAUCACAUAG